GGCCAGUUGGAGUUGUGACAUCAUUCAUUUUCAUUUCUCAAUUUUGACACAUUUACUGGAAGAAAAAAAAAAAACAUCAACAAGCCUCUUCACAUCAUACUGCAUAGUCUAAAUACGCAGUGUUUGUACUAUGUCUUGUGUUUCUUCACUUUUUACAGUAGAUCUCUCUAUUGGUUGAUAUCCAUGUAGGACUUACUGUGUUUAAGAUCUGAGGUUCUUGAUUAAUAUAACAAGAUGUCCUUUCCUAACUAAAACGCAGCCUUGGACAAAUACACUUUGGCCAAUCACUCUGCACUUGUGCAUGUGUCCAGGGCGGGGAUUUAAGCUUUCUUGAAUUGGCUGAUACAGAAGGGUCUCUGUGCUUUUUUGCUGUUGUUGUCUGUGAAAUGGGGGCCUCACUGUGUUCUCACAACGUUAGCCACACCCCCAAACAGAGAACCCUUUCACCCAACUGUGGCUGGUUCUCGGAACAGGCCAGGACAAGUCACCUCCCCUAGAGUCCCCUCCACCUUUGAGUUCCCCUCAUGGCCACACCCUGAUUUAGAGGCCACUCAGAUGAAGAACUCUCACUCAUUCUUGUCUAGCUCACGGCAGACAACUGAGCGACUCUUACUAGUUUCUUUUUCAGGUUGUGAAAGACAACCUUCGGAGACUCAAGAACUCUGCCCCAUCUCUGAGGAGCAAUAGAAUUGUCUUCAGUACCUGCUUGGUGUGUACCAUCCAGGCUUCUCUACUACUCUGUUUCCCGAAUUUUGUGAGCCUAGGAGGUGCCCAGGCUCUGUUUGGCUUUCACCUUCUAUCCAAAGCAUCUGAAGCUAUGGGUUGCCAACUGAGGCAGGAUACACCACGACCCAGGUGCCCACAUCUCAGGCUCGCUCAUCUCUUUGUGCUGCUGUUCGGUCUUUUUCAAAUGUCUUCAGGUAUUGGCCAGGUAUCCAAGUCAGUGAAAGGAAUGGCAUCAUUGCCCUGUGGUUACAAGUUUUCUCCUAAAGAACUGACGGAGCUCCGAGUCUACUGGCAAAAAGAUGACAAAGCAGUGCUGAGUUACACCUCUGGGAAGACAGAAGUGUGGGCCCCGUAUAAGAACCGGACUGUACUUGACAUCCCUAGCAACUUCUCUCUUAUGAUCGGGUCCCUGGUCCUGUCGGACAGGGGCAUAUACACCUGUGUCAUUCAAAGGUCUGAAGGAGGAGCUUACAAAAAGAGACACUUGGAUUCUGUGAUGCUGUUUGUCAGAGCUCACUACCCGGUCCCUAAUAUAACUGACCUUGGAAAUCUAUCUGCGGACAUUAAAAGGAUUAUGUGCUCAACCUCUGGAGGUUUCCCAGAGCCUCGCCUCUUCUGGUUGGAAAAUGGAAAAGAGUUAAGUGGCAUCAAUACAACAAUUUCUCAAGAUCCUGAAUCUGAACUGUACACUGUCAUUAGCAAACUGGAUUUCAAUAUGACCUACAACCACAGCAUUGUGUGUCACGUUGUGUAUGGAGACUCUCAAGUGUCGAAGACCUUCACCUGGGAAAAACAACCCCCAGAAGCCCCUCCUGAUAGAAAUUACCUGACUGAGGUGACCCCGACAAUUUUGACAAUACUCUGUUUGGCCUCAGCAAUAAUAAUAAUCAUUGUGUACAGCAUGUGUUUCAGAAGAAGGAAUGAGGCAAGAAGAAGAGAAAACAAUGGGAUUUACCUAGGGCCUGUAGAAGCAUCAGCUGAACAGAAUGUCUGAAGGUCUCAACUACAUCUACGACCGGCCUCUUCUGUAACCGUCUUCAGAAAUCGAAGACUACUCAACGGUGCCUUACAUACAUCUGUUCUCGGCGAAGCCUCUCCAGUGUUUUGCAGAAUGGAGAAGAAUGUAACAUACCACAGUAGCCCUGCUGAUUUUGAGAAAGUAGUUUAGAGACUGAAUUCUUUGUCUGGAAGGGACAUUAGGGAACACUAGUACAUUUGCCCCCACUACCCCUCCCUCCCACCCCCCUCCCGACACUGUUUUGAGAUAGGGUCUUACCCUGUUGCUCAAGGUGACCUAGAAGUCACUAUGUAGGUGGCCCAGGCAGGUUUCAACCGUGCAGCAGUCCUCCUGCACUAGUCUCCUGAGUGCCAGUUCCAAGUGUGAGCUACCAUACUUGGCAGAACACUAGCUGUAUUAAGGACACCAAGGCUCCAGGAGGGGACCUGAAUUUUGAAGGCGAGUCAGAAUCCAGAUUUCCGGGCUCUACUGCUCUUAACCUUCAUCAGUUAGACCCUAAGCUCGAGCUCAUAGACAGCCUAAUUGAAAAUGCUGGUAACAUUUGCCUAGCAUCUAUAAGGCCUGCCCUGGGUGCUUUUUUGUUUGGGUUUUUUUUGUUUUUGGGAGAGUGUUUCUGUGUGUAGAACUGACUGUCCUGGAACUCACUUU